AUGUCGAAAAGAACCGCGGAGAGCCAGGAAAACCUAGAGUCCCUCAAAGCAGGGCAACGGCCGGAUUCGAGUGCAAACGGCGACCCCACCCUCGACUUCGAAGACGAAUUCGAAGAUGAAUACGAGUCAGAGGACGAGGUCAUGGAGGCGGGUGUCGAUGGGAGACCGGACGCUGAAAGAGAAGCAGAGCAGGCACAGGAUGCUAUGGAUGUCGACUCGAAGGAGCAGACAUUCAUCCCAGGCCGAUCGAUAUUGCAACCUGGAAUGUCGCUGACACCAGACCCUUCCACCUACGAGAUGCUUCACCUUAUGUCGACGACAUGGCCCUGUCUCUCCUUUGACGUUGUACGAGACAAUUUGGGUGACAAUCGCAAGCAAUAUCCCAGAACGGUCUAUGCGGUUGCUGGGACUCAGGCGGAGUCGUCACGCGCCAAAGAGAAUGAGUUGUACAUUUUGCGGUUGAGCAGCCUGUCGAAGAUGGAUCGCGGCAAUCAGACGGAUUCGGAGAGCGAUAGCGACGAUGGUGAAGAUGACGAGGGCUCAUCCGACCCUGUGCUCGAGUCGAGGUCGAUACCACUUCCAAGCACAACCAACAGAAUAAGAGCAUUCCAACCAGCGUCGGCCUCUGCCGACAUGACUCAAAUACCUCAGACAUUGACAGCUACAUCCCUGGAAAAUGGUCAGGUUCUGAUUCAUGACGUAUCCCCGUAUCUCCAUUCUCUCUCAACUCCCGGCUACACACUGCCUCCAAACGCGGCGAAGCCUCUCAGCACUCUCCGAAUGCACAAAACGGAAGGAUACGCAUUGGACUGGGCGCCAACUUCGUCACAUCCAAAUGGUCGACUUCUCUCCGGUGACAACGCUGGACAAAUAUUCAGCACGCAGCGAACCGAGGGUGGCGGCUGGGUCACUGACACCAGAACAUUUGUCGGCCACACCGACGCAGUAGAAGAACUUCAAUGGUCACCCAACGAGAAAUUUGUCUUUGCCUCCGCAAGCUCCGAUGGCACUGUGAAGGUGUGGGAUGCGCGAAGUAAGAGUCGCAAACCAGCCGUGGAUGUGAAGAUCAGCAGCACCGAUGUCAACGUGAUGUCGUGGUCGCGCCAGACGUUCCAUUUGCUUGCCACCGGUGCUGAUGAUGGUGAGUGGGCAGUCUGGGAUUUGCGGCAGUGGAAACCUCAGUCAGGGGCGCCACCCGGCGCGCAGAUCAAACCCAGCCCUGUUGCCGACUUUCACUUCCACAAGAAGCCCAUCACUUCCAUAGAGUGGCACCCGACGGAUGACAGCGUGGUGGCUGUUGCCUGCGCAGACAACACAGCAACUCUGUGGGAUCUUGCAGUCGAGCUUGACGAUGAGGAAUAUGGCAGAGAGGCAGGCUUAGGCUUAGGUGAAGGUGCCGAAAAGGUUCCUCCCCAACUAUUGUUCAUCCACCACGUUGAGGACGGUAAAGAAUUACACUGGCAUCCACAAAUGCCUGGUACGGUCAUAGUCACCGGUGGAAGUGGUCUGGGAGUAUUCAAAACAAUCAGCGUCUAA